AUGACCUCACGCGACGACUAUGUCUACUUGGCCAAGCUCGCUGAACAAGCUGAGCGAUACGAAGAAAUGGUGGACAAUAUGAAGCAAGUAGCAGCAUCAGGCCAAGAGCUGUCUGUAGAAGAACGCAACCUGUUGAGCGUGGCGUACAAAAACUCGAUCGGGGCCCGUCGUGCGUCCUGGCGGAUCGUAUCCUCCAUCGAAGAAAAGGAAAAGGGCAAGGGCAACAAGGAUCAUGUGGAAAAGAUCCAGGGCUACCGAACAAAGAUCGAAGACGAGCUCAAGGACGUGUGCAACGACAUUCUCAAGGUGCUUGACGAGCAUCUGGUCAAGUCGGCAUCGACGGGCGAGUCCAAGGUGUUCUACCUCAAGAUGAAGGGCGACUACUUGCGCUACCUUGCUGAGUUUUUGGUCGGGUCUGACAAGGAAAAUGCGGCUGAAAAGUCCGGCGAAGCCUACGACGAGGCCUUUAAUGUGGCAGUGACAGAGCUGCCUCCCACGCAUCCUAUUCGUCUUGGCUUGGCCUUGAACUACUCGGUGUUUUACUAUGAAAUCAAGUCCUCGCCCUCCAAGGCGUGUCAGUUGGCAAAACAGGCCUUUGAUGACGCCAUUGCCGAGCUCGACACGCUCAGUGAAGAGUCUUACAAGGACUCUACGCUGAUCAUGCAGCUGCUGAGAGAUAACUUGACACUGUGGAUGAGCGAUAUGCAGGAUGAAGACAAACAGCAAACGUCUGCUGCAGAGAACACCCAGUCAUCAACAGCCGACAGACCAGAAGCAGAAGCCGAUGCAGCACCACAACAGUAA